ACGCCCCUAAGUGCAACGCUUGAACGUCAUUGGCUAAGGUUGGACAUUCUUACAGGGUUGAUUGAAUUGACAGUUCACCUCCAAACUUGGAAGACGAGUGUGAAAGUGAACAGCUUGUAGUAGUUUACAACUACCUUUUAUUACUACUUUUUAAAAAAUGCUUAAAAUUGUCUUCAGUCGUCAGCCACAGUCUGUGUGCGCUUUGGCUAAAUUCCACUCAGCAGUCGGGUCGUUGUGUCAGAAGUCAGCCUGGAAAAAUGCUCCUGCCGAUGUGGAGAUGCCUCCAUGCAGCUUCACGCCAGAGGAAUACAAGGGCAUGUCUAAAGAGCGUAUGAUGGAGAUCCGCAGGACAAUCUGCCAUCCAAUGACCAUGAAGGUUACGUACUACAAGAAGCCGGUGUUCAUCCAUCAGGGUCACAUGCAAUGGCUGUGGGACGUCGACGGAAGGCGAUAUCUGGACUUGUUUGCCGGCGUGGCCACUGUGAGCGUGGGUCAUUGCCACCCAAAAGUAAUGGCGGCCGCAGAGAAGCAGAUGAAGAAACUGUGGCACACCACCAGCAUCUACGUUUAUCCCGGUCUUCAAGAGUACUGCGAAAAACUGGCAUCCUAUUUCCCCGAUCCUCUCAAGGUGGUCUAUCUGACCAACAGUGGUUCAGAAGCCAAUGACCUGGCCAUGUUGAUGGCCAGAUUGUACACUGGAAACUUUGACAUCAUCACAUUCAGAGGAUCAUACCACGGCGGUAGCCCACAGAGCAUAGGUCUGACUUCAAACUCAAGUUACAAGUACCCAGUCGCCAUUGGAUUAGGCUGUACAAAUACCAUGUGUCCUGACGUGUUCAGAGGUCUGUGGGGAGGGAGCCACUGCAGAGACUCUCCCGUGCAGACUAUCAGAGACUGUAAUUGUGCCCAAGGCCACUGCAUGGCUAAUGACCAUUACAUUGACCAGCUCAAAGAAACGUUUGCCACCAGCGUUCCCAGUAACAUUGCCGCUUUCUUUGGAGAGCCUAUUCAGGGAGUCGGGGGAGCAGUGCAGUAUCCUAAAAAGUACCUCAAGGAGGCGUACAAACUUGUAAGAGAGCGAGGAGGCAUCUGUAUCGCUGAUGAGGUGCAGACUGGAUUUGGGCGAACAGGGAGCCACUUCUGGGGUUUCCAAGGUCACAAUGUCAUUCCUGACAUGGUUACUAUGGCUAAGGGCAUCGGGAACGGCUUUCCGAUGGGAGCGCUAGUUACGACACGGGAGAUCGCAGACGCUUUGACAAAGGGCUACCACUUCACCACCUUCGGAGGGAAUCCUAUGGCCUGUUCCAUUGCUUCAUCCGUCCUUGAUACCAUCAAAGAAGACGGCACACAGCAGAACAGUCUUGAGGUCGGCACGUAUCUGAUGACGGGACUCGCCAAGCUCAGAGACAAGCAUGAGAUUAUCGGUGACGUCCGAGGCAAAGGCCUGCAGAUCGGCGUGGAAAUGGUCCGAGACAAGGCCAGCAGAGCCCCUCUUUUGCCUCAGGACAUGGCUGAGAUCUUUGAGGACAUCAAGGACAUGGGCGUCCUCGUAGGAAAGGGCGGAGUUUAUGGACAGACCUUCCGCAUCAAGCCCCCCAUGUGCAUCACCAUGGAGGACGCCGAUUUCUUCCUGUCAGUUUUUAACAAGUCCAUCCAGAACUACAUGGAGAGAAGACGUCUCACAUGAAGCCUAGACGAGGAAGAAAAACAGACUACCUCACAAAAGGUGCUGCUAUCAACACUGAAACUGCCAAGAGUAUCACUAAUCUACCAUUGAUGUUUUGUCUAACCGUUACACAAAAGGUUAUGUCAUGACAAAAAACAACACAAGUUGAAGAUAGUUCAUUUAGAUGUGCGUUGACGCAACACAGUAUUACGGCUAUGAUAUACUCUACUAUACUCUAAAUAGUAUCUAUACAUACUAUACACACACAUUUACAUAUAUAGAUCAAAUAAAAGAAUUGUUUUUUGUUCUCAUUUAAAAAUUGUGUGGAGGUUUGUACUUUUAUAAAUGAGGGUA